GAAGUCUCAGCUGGCCGGCGGCCGAGCGUCGCCGAAAACUGUGCCAGCGAAGAGCGCGACGCCGACCCGGCCCGGCCUUACAUCACACCUGCAGUCGGUGAUAUCGCGCGCUCGGCGCCGGUUAAUGAAAAUCCGCCGCCGCAGUGCAUCCUCUAGUGCUACGCUAUAUUCGCAUACGCGCGUGCCGCCCCUGCCGCCGCCAAAAUAGCGGCGUUUAGUGAUUCCAGUACUUUUGCAUACACGUCCAGUUUACAUUCAACCGCAAUCAAGAGGUGAAGCAGAAGGAGCCCUUUCCAAGGGCCUCGGAUAAACGUUUUUUUUUUCUGUUUUUUUUUUCCUUUAAAAUUUUUUUUCUUCAUAGAAGUGAAUUUUUCUUUUUAUAUUGAAAACACGCCGAAGUCAAGAUGGAGCAGUUUGAACAACUGUUAACCUGCGCCAUAUGUCUGGACAGAUACAGAAAUCCAAAAUUGCUGCCAUGUCAGCACAGCUUCUGCAUGGAGCCGUGCAUGGACGGGCUCGCGGACUACGUGCGACGUCAGGUCAAAUGUCCCGAAUGCCGUGCAGAGCAUCGCAUCCCAUACCAGGGGAUUCAGGCGUUUCCAACCAAUGUCACCCUUCAGCGAUUCCUGGAGCUACACAUCGAGAUCACCGGCGAAUUACCGGAUCCCACCAGCGGGCAGAUUAUGGAACGAUGCAAUGUCUGCUCGGAGAAAUCCUAUUGCAGCCCAUGCUCCCACUGCGAGAAGAAGAUCUGUGAAGAAUGUAAAGGUGCACAUAUGGAUAUCCUACGCAGGGAAAUUGUAAGGAUCAACAAUCAGAUCCGACGUGGUAUUCAUCGCUUGCAGGAUGCACUCUCGAUGGUUGAGAAGAACGCGCAGAGCAUUCAGACAAACAGCUUGUCUGUUUCCGAGGAAGUGGAGGAGAUCUACAGACGUCUCUCCAAAGCGGUCAAGGAUCGCACCGAGCACUUGCGCGGCGAGUUGGAUCGUUACAUGUCCACCGAAGUGCGCACGCUGACGACUCUGAAGGACAACUUGGAGCAGGAAAUCUCCAACAUCAUCAGCAAUUGCGAUCUUGCCGACAAGCACUUUAACGAGAACGUGCCUUGGGAUGACUGCGAGCUGAUGGACGCCAAGGAGAUCUUCUUGAAGACUGUUGAUUUCAUUAGGAACUUUGAGUAUGAAAAUUCGGAUUACAGCCGGAAAGUUAGGUUAGUCCUGGCGCAUGAUCCCAAUCAGCUGGUUUUACACGUGGCAGGUUAUGGGGAUUUAAAUAUUACCAAUCCGAGUAAUCCCUUUGGACAGGGUACCGCUCUGCAGGUGCCUGGAGGUCCUGGUUUGAUGAGAUCCAAGAGUGAUCAUCGUUUAGCGUCGCAAUUUAGGCAACAAGAGGAACGUCAAGGGUAUUACGAUGGAGAGGAACCUCCAUUAGCAGGAAGGAAGUUUGGAGAACGUCAUACCAAGACCACAACUGGUGGAGAUAGGUAUACAGAUCGUUAUGGUCGUGGUGGUACUGAAUACGGAGAAGAUUAUGAAGAAUCUUCAAGGCCACCAAGGUCCAGAUAUCGCAGCAGGUACAACCGCCAUGGAGAUAAUGAUUCUGACACUGAACAGACCAGUAGGGUACGAUUCAAUGAGCAACAACAUAAAGAACGGGAACGUGUCCUUGACACAGAAGACGUUGCUAAAGGACCACUUAGUGGUAUUACACGUCUGGCGGACUCACCGAGAGUCAUGAAGAAAUUAAUUGAAUCUGAAAGUGGUGGGGGUAAGAAAAAGGAAAAGAUACCAUCAGUACAACCACCUCAACCUAAAGUGGUACCCAAACGACCACCACCACCAGCUAAUCGCCAGCAAAGCGAGGAGGAUGAAAUCGCUAAAAUCAAAAAACAGAAUAAAGGCGCAACCACCUCCACUGAAACCGAACCGCCUGCAACUGUCACUAGACAAACCUCUAGGCGUGAAGAGGAGGAAAGACCAACGCAUGCCGCGAGCAGAAAGACACCGGCACCCGCCGAGGCGACCACGAGUGCCGAAGACGAGUCGGACGAAUCAACAUCCGCGCCCCAGCAGCGCAAGACGCCGGUGAAACCGUCGGGGGCGUCCGCGCAAACCGCGACCACACGUCGCACAUCCGCGGAACCUAAAAAAGCCACACGUUCAACCAGUUCGGAUUCUUCCACAUCGAGCGAGUCUAGUGGUUCGGCAGUGCGUAAUACCGGCGCGGCGUACACCGCUGAAGAGGUAAAGCAGAAGUAUUUGGCGCGCGGUAGCGUUGACCAUAGUGGCGACGCUCCCUCGCGCACCCGCCAGUCCUCGACGGGGUCCAACAGCGGUAAGGACAAACCCUUCCAGAGUCGCUUCUUGCAGAACAAAACCACCCCGACGCCACCACCAGCCAGCACCAAAGAGGAGGAGACCGAGACCAGCAGUGAGGAGGAGACUUCUUCCGAGAGUGAAUCCGAAGAGUCCACACCGAAAGUCGAGCCCAAAGAACCACCAAAGAGUGAUAUUGCGCCGUUGUUAGCGCGGAGUCAACUAGCGCGUGACAACAGCACUGACUCGUCGCGCAAGCCCACGACAACAACAACCACCAGGGAUGACACCACCGGCACACGCACACGUCCCACAUACGAAGAUGACACUCCUAAGUACGGCUACACCAGUCGCUUCCUCAACAAGAGCAAGAGCACCGCCGCGGUGGCCCCCGAAGAAGACGACUCCAAGUAUCAUUCUUCUUUCGAUGAUGACAGCAAGUAUCCAACGAGUCGCAGUCGUUAUAUGGCGAUGAAAGAACGCCGGCAGAGGUUGGCGCGGAGCAAGUCCAGUCAUAAUUUCGACGAUGAUGAUACCGAGGAGCAAUUGUCGCCGACGUCGACAAAUCCGAGCGCUUAUCUCGCCUCGAGGGGAUACGGAUCGGCGUCGUCAUCGGCAAUGAACGAUCUGGCGCGCAGCCGAUCCUCGCACGCGCUUAAAUCCAGAGAGAGCUCGCCCGAACGCCCAUCGCCCGGUACCGAGAAGGAUGGCGCGGCGCUCAGCUCCUGGGCGCGAUACUUGAAGAACAAAUACGGUAAUCGCGCCACUGGUAAGGACAAGGAUGGCGGAAGUGCAACGCCUUCGUCUGCGAGCAGUUCCGCUGCCGCAAGGCGGCUAUCACUCGGCUUGCCUCUGCGGUCGUCGACGGAAAUGGGAAGCUCCGAUGACGAUUCAAAAAACAUGCAAGUCCCCACUACCCCUACAGCAGCUACAGUAGCGGCAGCAGCCGGUAUCGCGGUGGCAACAGCAGGUACUUCCCCUAGAAGCCAGUACCUGCAGAAAGGCCGCAAGCUGUUUGAGAUAGGGAGUCGGGGGAGCGAAGCCGGAUGCUUCACGUGGCCGCGCGGCGUCGCCGUCGGCCCGGACAACACCAUCGUCAUCGCAGACUCGUCGAAUCAUCGCGUGCAGGUGUUUGACGCCAGCGGCAAGUUCCUCAAGGAGUUUGGGACGUACGGCAACGGCGAGGGUGAGUUCGACUGCCUCGCCGGCGUCGCCGUCAAUCGCAUCGGUCAGUUCAUCAUCGCCGAUCGAUACAAUCAUAGGAUACAAGUAUUCGAUCCUUCUGGGAGGUUUUUGAGAUCGUUUGGUAGUCAGGGUUCGUCGGACGGGCGAUUUAAUUAUCCCUGGGGUAUUACUACGGACGCGCUAGGUUUUAUUUAUGUUUGUGAUAAGGAGAACCAUCGAGUUCAAGUUUUCCAAUCGGAUGGAACAUUUGUCGGUAAAUUCGGCACAAUGGGCAACAAGCAAGGACAGCUCGAACAUCCCCAGUACAUCGCCGUAUCGAAUACGAAUCGUGUGGUUGUAUCAGAUUGCAAUAAUCAUCGCGUGCAGAUCUUCGACGUAAACGGACGUGUGCUGUCUGCGUUUGGCAGCGAGGGAUCAGCCGAAGGACAAUUUAAAUUCCCCAGAGGCGUUGCAGUUGACGAUCAAGGUUACAUAUGCGUAGCUGAUUCCGGGAACAACCGCAUACAGAUAUUCCACCCGGACGGCACGUUCCUGAAGGAGUUCGGUUGCUGGGGAACGCGCGACGGCGAAUUCAAGGGAUUAGAAGGCGUCGCGAUCGCAUCGAACGGCAACAUUCUCGUCUGCGAUCGUGAGAACCAUCGAAUUCAGGUGUUUUGAAAAAAUGGGUUCUCGUUUUAUUUGUAUUAUUCUCUAUUCUUUGACGAUACGAUUGUAAAUUUUGUAUAUGCAAAACGAUGUAAACGAAACGGAACGUCAUGGUUACUAUUACGCAAUACUUUGAAAACUGUACUAAUUUUGUGGAUGAUUAUUUGAUUAAUAAUUUCGCUCAUUUGUCAAUGUGUGUUACCAUUUUGUUAUAGUUGCAAUGAAUUUACGAGAGGUAUAAUACUUUAAUACGUGUAUAUUAAACAAUUUCUACUUCCAACCAACAA